AUGAGUUUGCUAUCUGAAAAGUUCAAAUGUAUUUUUCAGGUAUAUGAGUACCUUCUGGAGCGCGAAAAAAUGUGCUUAGUUGAAGAAGACUUCAUGGCACGUUCGCCUUCUACCCCGAAAAUGCGCGGAAUACUAGUCGACUGGCUGAUACAGGUCCACACACGUUUCCAUCUCUUGCCCGAAACGCUCCAUCUCACUAUUUAUCUCCUUGACAUGAUGUUAUCAAGAACGAAGGUUGACAAGGGCGAAUUACAACUGGUUGGAGUUGCAUCCAUGUUGGUUGCGUCUAAAUACGAAGAGAUGUACGCACCGGACAUUCAUGAUUUCGAAUACAUAACGGACAAUGCCUACAGCAAAAAGCAGAUUUUGAAAAUGGAAACGAAGAUUCUUAUAGCGACCGAUUUCGAUCUCUCUCGUCCGCAUUCACUAACAUUUUUACGUUGGUACAGUAAGGAAAUGAAAUUUGGAGUGCGGAUGCAUCAUAUGGCCAAAUUUUUAAUCGAGGUUUGUUUUUUUUUGGAAAAUGUUCGGAAAUACUCAUUAAAAAUUAGUUCGGAAAUACAUCAUACACAGAUGAGUGUUCGAGAGGGACCCGCUAAUGGCUAG